AUGUAACCUUAUAAAAAAGUUUGUGUAUAAGAAACAAAUAUACCCUAUUCAUUUAGUGAACAAGAUGAUAAAAUUGGAAUUGAUUAUUCAAAUUUCAUUUAACAAAUGGAAGGUCCUUACAAUUAGCUUUAUGAACCUAUAGAUAAAUAGUGCAUAGGAGCAGGAGGAUAGGGUUGUGUAAUUAAAGUGAGAUGUAAAUUGAAUAAUGAAGUUCGAGCUAUGAAAGUCAUAAAAAAAAUGAGUGAGGAUAAAAAUGAAAAUUUUAGAAAAGAAUUUCAAAACCUUAAGCUGUAUAUCAAUUUCUUAAUUUAGAUUAGAUCAUCCUAAUAUAUUAAAGCUUUAUCAUAGUUUUGAGGAUGAUUAGAGAUUUUACAUUAUUUCGGAACUCUGUGAAGGAGGAACCUUAUCUCAAUAUAUUGAAGACCUUUACCCACUUAAGGAAGCUGAAGUGCUUAAAAUUAUGAAGUAANUAAUAUUUUGGAUGAUAUUAAAUUAUCUGAAGUUUAAUAAUAUUUUAGAACUCAUUUAAUUGAAUAAACAAAACAAUUUGAAAUUCAUGCUGUUUCACCAACCCACAAGAAGGAUUAAGAAGAUAUCAAGAGUGACAGCCUGUUAUUUAGUUCAUCUGAAAAAUUCAAAAAGAAACAAGGAUUGUAUCCUGAUUAUUAUUAUUAAUGA